GACCUCCAGGCACUGGGCGCCCGCCGCUUCCCCAGCAGCUGGUGGGGCGGGGAAGAAAGACGCCAGGAAGCGGAAGGCCCCCGCCGGCCCGAGGGUCGCCCGGGGCUGUGCCCCAUGGUUCCUGCCCGUGAGCAGCUGCUGGGACCCCCCUUGCCAAGUUGCUCCCCGAAAAGCUCUAAGGUUCUCAGGCCUGCAGGGAGUGACAGUUUCCCCCGACUGUAACGUAAGGCUGCAAACUCGAAGCCAGGAAUUUUCUGCAUAUUCUUUAAUAGGAUGUUUCAGUCAAAGCCUUGAUAAUAUAACCAAUCUUUCUGAUUGUAGCCUGCUUAUAAAGAGAACAUAUGUACAUGAAAAUAAGAAUAUUUAUGAAUAGUUUCCAAACUUUAGAAGGAUCAAAUAGGGAGGAAAAACAAACGCUUCCACCCACCUUUGUUCACAAAAGUGUGCUUUACCAAAUCGGUGUAAAUUCUAGAUAACUUCUGAGAAAAAACUUUCUUCAAUCUAGAAAACAAAACAAGGGCCAGGCGCGGCGGCUCAAGCCUGUAAUCCCAGCACUUUGGGAGGCCCAGGCAGGGGGUGAUCACCUGAAAUCGAGAGUUGGAGACCAGCCUGGCCAACAUGGUGAAACCCCGGUCUCUGCUACAAAUACAAAAGCUAGCUGGGCGUGGUGGCGGGCGCCUGUAAUCCCAGCUACUCGGGAGGGUGAGGCAGGAGAAUCGCCUGAACUGAGCGGAGAUCCUGCCACUGCACUCCAGCCUGGGUGACAGAGUGAGACUCCGUCUCAAAAUAAAAAUAAAAAUAAAGAAUGAAUCAACAAUGUUUUAAAUACGAGUUAUAAAAACAUUAUCUUAAUAGAUUUUUUUGUUUUGCUUGAUCUCGCUUAGCAGUUUUUUGAACCAUUUUUUCCUUAUUAGAAACCAUUAGAAAUUGGUUUUUACUUCAUUGAUUUUUGUUUAUUUUUAUUUUUAUUUCUGAGACACAGUCUCAGUCUGUCGCCCAGGCUGGAGUGCAGUGGCACAAUUUUGGCUCACUGCAACCUCUGCCUCCCAGGUUCAAGCGAUUCUCAUGCCUCAGCCUCCCGAGUAGCUGGGAUUGUGUGCCAUAUCAUUCACCUCUCACCACAACUGAAUGAGCUAAGGAUUCUCAUUAUAUAUAGUUUAUGGAGAGGGAAGUGCAGACAUAAAGAGGUGAAUUAUCUUACCCAGAUCACACAGCUGAUAAGUGGUGGAGGCAGAAUAGAAUCUAAACAGUGUGGCUCCGGAGCCCACAUGCAUUGAUUUGACAAGUGUUUAUUGAGCACCUGCCACGGACAAGGCCUUGUGUGAUUAAAUAGGGUUAUAAUUAAUAAUAUAAAAAUGAGAAAUCACUAACGCUUUUUAGACUUAACAUUUUCUUUUUUUGUAGGUUUCAGGCACAGAACUGUAUAUCCAAUAAUAGUGAAAUGGAUCCCACUAAUUAUGACAGAAAUGAUGAUACAUUUAAAUGACUUGGAUGUUUUGUAGGUAUGAUCUCGUGAAACCUUGAGAGAAACUGAAUGAUGAAUGAAACUAUUGUUCCUAUUUCACACAGAAGAAAACUGAAGUUAAAAGGGGUAAAGUAAUUUUGCAUGGCAUGAAGUAGAAAUUCAAAGUACAGGAAUUUGAACUUGGUUCUGUCCUUUUCUGAAGCCCUUGACCACUAUAGACUCAAACAUCACCUUGUUUUUCCACUCAUUCAACACUUUUUUUUUUUAAUUAUCUAAUAGGUUGGCAAUCAUCAUGAGCCCCUGUUCUCAUUCUGCAAAUGGUGAAGCUCUCUAUUGUCCUGACCCCACAGUUCCUGUCCCAUGACCAGGGCCAGCUCACCAAGCAGCUGCAGCAGCACGUAAAGUCAGUGACAUGCCCAUGCGAGUACCUGAGGAAGGUUAUCAAUACUCUGGCUGUCUAUCGUCAUCGUGAGACUGACUUUUGUGGAGUUCGAGACCACCCUGGCCAACAUGGCAAAACCCCAUCUCCACAAAAAUUGGAUAAUUUGAUAAUUAUCAUUAUUGGGUUUCUGAGACCUUACACAUUUACCAUUCUCUUCUGCACAAGUUACCUUUGUGUGUCUUUCCUGAAAACUAUCUUCCGGUCUCGAAAUGGACAUGAUGGAUCCACGGGUGUACAGCAGAGAGCCUGGAGGUCCAACCGCAGUAGACAGGAAGGAAAUAAAAUUGUCCUGAAAGACCUUGUGACUUUAUGGAGAUAUGCGGAAACAAAAGUUAGAGGUAACAUCCGUAAGAUGAAAGUGACAACGAAAAUCAACCAUCAUGACAAAAUCAAUGGAAAGAGGAAGACCGCCAAAAAACAGAAAAUGUUUCAACGUGCACAAGAGUUGCGGCGGCGGGCAGAGGACUACCACAAAUGCAAAAUCCCCCCUUCUGCAAGAAAGCCUCUUUGCAACUGGGUCAGAAUGGCGGCAGCGGAGCAUCGUCAUUCUUCAGGAUUGCCCUACUGGCCCUACCUCACAGCUGAAACUUUAAAAAACAGGAUGGGCCACCAGCCACCUCCUCCAAAUCAACAACGUUCUAAAACUGAGAACUCCCUGAGCCUCAAGACACCUCCCGAAUGUCUCCUUUGUCCCCUUCCACCCUCAGUGGAUGAUAAUAUCAAGGAGUGUCCUCUUGCUCCUCUUCCACCCUCUCCUCUUCCACCCUCAGUGGGUGAUAAUCUGAACGAGUGUCUCCUUAUCCCUCUUCCACCCUCUCCUCUUCCACCCUCAGUGGAUGAUGAUCUCAAGACUCCUCCCUUAGCUACUCAGGAGGCCGAGGCAGAAAAACCACCCAAACCCAAGAGGUGGAGGGUGGAUGAGGUGGAACAAUCACUGAAACCCAAGAGGCGGAGGUUGAGUAAGCUGAGAACACGCCAUUGCACUCAAGCCUGGGCAAUAAGAAUAAAUCCGUGGGUCGAAAAAGAGAAAAAAAUCAAAAAAUAAAACCCACACUCCAAAAACAAACUAACGAAGAAUAAAUAAAUAAUAUAAAAAUAAAAUAAAUACUGCAGUCCUUAUGUUAUUGCUUUGUUUCAAUAUCUGGUAUGAUUGCCUGAGGGACCUGAGGUUUUUAAUUAAUUGUGGGGUUUUUUUUUA